GACCGGAAAGCAUGUGCUCGUCACCUACACCAUGAAGCCGAAGGCAGGCUGCGACUAUUCGGCGACAGCGGCCCGCUUUGCUACCGAGGUGUCUGCUAGCGCUAAGGCACACUUGCGCGAAGCUGAUCGCAUGGACAAGUCUUCGGAUGCCAUGUUGUACUACACCAAUCCUGGUGAGAAGAUGGUCAAGCUUGCCUUUCCCAAGCAUUUGUUCAGCAACAUCUUGGAUCGCCGCUUCAAGUCUGUGCGCUUCAAGCAGGGCAAGGAUGAUGUUGAGUACAGCCGCGUGGAGCGUUUCUACCUGCCCCCAUCAUUCCUCCGAAGGGCAGAUGGCCCGCAGAUUGAGGAUAUGUGGUCCAUUUUGGGCAGGGGCACCACGGAGGGUGGCAAACCGUCUCGCGGCGCGCUGAAGCCCAAGCCUUUCCAUGAGGCUGGCUACUUGUCCUGGCAGGGAGGAAGUGCUCAGAAGGCACUUGGAACGAGCGAAAUCCCGCUGAUCUUUGCCACCCAUGACAACGCCCAGGAUCCCGCCGUGGCGGCCUGUGGCCGGUACGUCAUGUCUCAGUUUGACUCCCCGUUCAGGACUGGUGCAAAUUUGGUCGACCUCUAUGGCGACUACAGUCCUUCCAGUGUUCGUGAUCAAUCCCCAGCCGUCCAAAUGCAGAUCCAGUUGGACAGCGCUAGCACCCCCGACGCCCAGCUUGGGUACACAGACUUUGUGCAAACCAAGCUCUCGGAAGUCAUCGAGGGGUUUUGCCAGCAAGCUGAUGCCAAGAGCCUGGACAAGAUGGAGAGCGAUGCCGCCAACGAGAACGUGGCCGCGAACCUGGUGGCGCAGCCUACUGCCAAGGUUGCAAGUGCUGUGACCAACGAGAACGUGGCUGCAAAGGCAAAGGCUCCAGGCCUUCCCGUGAAGGCGGAGCCGGACACUCCUGUCGUGAUCUCCAGCAACACAAACGCUUUGCGCCUGCCAACGGUGUUUGAGAAAUUGGGCCAUGCAAACGUGAUCAUGACAGAAACAAGCGGCUACUGCGACCACAUGGACGGCCCAGAAAGCGGUGCCAUCGCUUGCAUUCAAGGUGGGGAGGCCUGGAAGGCAUGGAAGUCCGGCGACUACGGCAGCAUGAGCUUGAGUGAGGCGAUCGUUGAGUUUGCCAAGACCCACGACGAGCUGAAGGGUGCCUUCAUGACCUUCCCACAGGAUGCUGACGAGAUGUAUCCUGGGUGGAGGGAGCAGCUGUGCCGCUUGGCACCACAGAAGACGCCAGAACCAGAAGAGGAGCCUGCAGAGGCUACAGAGGUGAAACCGGCAGACAAGGACAAGGUUGACAAUGUGGCCAAUGUGGCCAGCAUGCCGGCAAAUUUCACGGUCCCAGCAGUGCCGGUUCACAAGCGUGCUGCAGAAGCAGAACCGGAGCUAGUGGCAAAGAAUGCCCCUUGCCUACGAUAG